GGAUGGCAGAAGCAUCAGUUGUUUGCUGCUCCUCCGAAAUGCAAUUUGUGGUUCUCGCCCUCUUGGCCACAGUGGCCACCGCCGCUCCCCAGUACUCCGCUCCUGCCCCUGCUCCACGCUACGGUGAUUCCAGCGAGGAGGUCCCCAUUAUCAGGCACGACUUUGUACAGGGUGACUAUGGCGGCUACCAACUUGAUAUGGAGACCGGCAACGGCAUUAAGGUCUCAGAGUCUGGCGCUCCCGGAGCCGAAGGUGCCAUCGCCAGCUCUGGAUCUUACUCCUACACUGCUCCUGACGGCACCCCAGUUCAUGUGACGUUCGUCGCCGACGAGAACGGCUACCAGCCCCAGUCUGACCUGCUGCCAGUGGCUCCCGCCUUCCCCCACCCAAUCCCUCAGUUCGUGCUGGACCAGAUCGCCUUCGCUGCUACAGAGGAACCUCGCCGCUACAGCUACGAUGACUAAAGUAAAAGUUAAUGAGUACAAUAUUACAACCUCCAGUCUAUGUGGUGCUCUCUGAUAUGUGAAAAUAAAAUGAUUGUACAAGAGUCGUGCUUCAGUGUCUGAAGGCGGCAAGUGCGUAUGCUUAAUUUAUUUGUAUGAUUUUAUUGAAUCAAUAUAUAAACAGAAAAGAAA